ACACGUAUAGGUUGACUGGAGAAGGUUAAAUGUUAUGAAUUCAAGGUAUUUCCCAGUGAUUAAUUUCCUUUUUCGUAAUGUACAAUCUCGGUAUUUACCUGUUGAUUCUCCUGCUAAUUCUUGAUAUAUCAACCUCUGGGAUUUUGUUUGAUUACCGAUUGAGGUGUCCAGAUACCGCGGAGAAAUGGAGGGAAAACAAAAACAGUUACAUCUGUCAUGGCGACACGGAGUAUCACUGCAUGCAUGACCAACAUGGGCGUUACGUAGUUUUCUGUGCAUCCAGUAUUUGGAUUCAACCAGAUUACUGUCCAGAAUUUAACGCAAAAGCUUCCCUGAUUGAUGUAAUUCUUUGUCAGGGGGCAGUGGACGGAUGUCCUGGGAAUGUUUACCUGUCCAACACUGUAUAUCAAUACCCAAGCUGCUUUCGGACUGUAAUCAGAUCUACUACAACCACCCCAGUUUCUGAUAACCGAACAGUAACAAGACUAACAAAGCUGAGAUACACGACCACGAUGCAGACUAAACUCGGUAAUGAAGAAAAAAGAGAUUUGACGGUUUCGACUGGUGUUAUUUUGGGGAUAGUCUCUGGAAUCAUCCUACCGAUACUUGUUUUCCUGGUAAUUAUCUUCCUCCUGAGAAGGAAAAGACAGAAAACAUAUAAGGAAGAAAAUAAAUCGUGCGUAAAUUAUUCCAAACCAGAUUAUUUGAAAAAAGAAGAAACCGAAAUUUCAGAUUCAGAGACGACCCCAUGCUUAGAAGAUUCAACCAAGGAUAAUGAUGAAGAACCGAGAAAAGAAGAAACAUUUGUUGUUCCGAGAUUAUACGAAGAUGCAGUUAAAAUAUUAAGAGAAAAUGGGUUUAUAAUUAUCGUUGGUGGAUCAGGAGGUGGUAAGACUACAUUGGCAAACCACAUACUAAAGGAGAAAUUCAAGGGCUCUCAUGUACUUCAUAUGAAACCAAAACAGACAGCAUUACCUGAAAUCAAGAGUGACAUGGAUGUAAUUGUUGUAUGGCAUGAUUGCUUUGGAAUAUGGAAGGAUUGUGAAUUAGAGGAAAAUGUUAAGACUAACGUUAGAGAUACAAUCAUCAGUUUGAUUGAUAAAUGUAAAGACAGGACAAAUCACAAAGCCAUUAUAUGUAUGGAUUUAUCCUCUGAUGAAAAAUAUUUUAUUGAUAAAUUUAAAGAGAGCAUUGUCAAUCUUUCGGAAAACUACGAAAUUUAUAUUGAAAGAGAACGUUUUAUAUACAUGUUUGACAGAGGAAUAUACGUUGGACACAUUUCCAAGGACGUAGGAUUUCCUCUUUUAGUUAAAUUGAUUGUUGAACAUCAUAUUCCGAACGAACAAACCGAAGAUUUCAUGAAAAAACCUAUAAACAAACUAACUGAAAAUUUUGAUGAACUUUCUAAAAAUGAAAAAGAUGUGUAUGUAACUCUUGUUUACGCGCUUUGUAACACUCCCUCUGUGAAUCAAAAACACAUAAAUUGGAAGAAUUGGUCAAAAUUAAAAGUCGAAUGUCAAAGUAAAGAUAACGUCGAAAACAAUCCACAACAAGAAUGUAAAGACAUGAACAACCCACAACAGGAAAGUAAGGAUAAAGACAACAGCAACAAUCCACAACAGGAGAGUAUAGAUAAAGACAACAGCAAUCAACAACAGGAAAGUCGUGAUAAAGACAACAUCGACCCACAACAGGAGAGUACAGAUAAUAACAGCAUCAAUCCACAACAGGGAAGGACUGGCGGAUACAGUCAACUAGAGGAAGACAAACACCCUUCUAAGGAUUCUAAUGCUAUUUACAAAAACUCUAACUGUAUUGAAAUGAAUUCAUCCUUAACGAAAUAUCUUGAGAAAACUGAAAAUCGUGAUGUGUUUAGAUUUCGGCACCAAUUUCUAGCGCGUCUUCUUUUGCGUUAUCACCUAGAGAGGGUUGGAAGUAAAGGAAUAUUAGAGGUGGGCAACGAGGAAAUUAAGUCGGUUGUCGAGAAAUUACAGUCGUCCCUUAGUAAACUGAAAUCUGAUCAAGUUGAUGCAUCCUGAUGCUCUGCCUUUUCCAAAAAUACUUAGAGAGAGUUCUUUUCUGUCAAAGAAGCAUAGAUAUAUAUGAUUUUUACUUCCAACAAAUUAUAUGCUUGUAUAUGUGUUAUAUAAAUUGAUCACAUGUAUGGUUUUUGUGUUUCUAUAUGCCCCAAACUUACAUAAUACUUCUUUUUUGUAAACAUACACUCCUAUAGCUAGACACCUGAUUCAAACUCUUGUCUUUAUGCCCGAAUGUCGAAUUAAGAAACAUUUCGAUAAACAUUCAAUAUUUUGAUUCAAGAAGUAAAAUUAACUCUAAUCUAACAAAAAUCGGACCAG